CCCGCCCCCGCAGCCGCACCCUCCGGGCCGCUCGGGGCCGAUCGCGACCGGGGCCGAUCGCGACCGGGGCCCAGGGGCCCGGGGUGGGCCCGGGGUCGCCAUGUUCGGCUGCGUGGAGGCGGCGGCGGCGCCGCGCCGGCUGCACGACGUGACCAACCGCGGGGGCUGCGCCCUGCGCAGGGUCCCGGUGCCCGCCGGCUGCGGGGGCCCCGCCCGCAGAGCCCUGGAGCCCUCCCCUGGGCGGGUUUUGGGGGACACGGGCCCCCCCUCGCCACCGCCCCCCCCCCGCGUGCACAAGCCUUGCUUCGUGUGCAGCGACCGCAGCUCCGGGUACCACUACGGAGUGAGCUCCUGCGAGGGCUGCAAGGGGUUUUUCCGGCGGAGCAUCCAGAAGAACAUGGUGUACACGUGUCACCGGGAGCGCAACUGCCAGAUCGACAAGGUCACCCGCAAUCGGUGCCAGUUCUGCCGCCUCCAGAAGUGCUUCCAGGUCGGAAUGUCCAAGGAAGCCGUGCGGAACGACCGGAACAAGAGGAAGAAGGAGGUGAAGCAGGAUUUGGCGGGGGAUGAGCUGAGCCCCGAGCUGGCCGAGCUGGUGCGGAGGGUCAGUAGAGCCCACCAGGAGACCUUCCCCUCUCUGGGCCAGCUGGGCAAGUACACCACGAACUCGAGUGCUGACCACCGGGUGCAGCUGGACCUGGGGCUCUGGGACAAGUUCAGCGAAUUGGCCACCAAGUGCAUCAUCAAGAUCGUGGAGUUUGCCAAGCGGCUCCCGGGCUUCACAGGGCUCACCAUGGCCGACCAGAUCACUCUGCUCAAGGCUGCCUGCCUCGACAUCCUGAUGCUGCGGAUCUGCACCCGCUACACACCGGAGCAGGAUACGAUGACGUUCUCGGAUGGGCUGACGCUGACCCGGACCCAGAUGCACAACGCGGGAUUCGGGCCCCUCACUGACCUCGUGUUUGCCUUCGCGGGGCAGCUGCUGCCACUACAGCUUGAUGACACCGAGACCGGGCUGCUCAGUGCCAUCUGCCUCAUCUGUGGGGACCGGAUGGAGCUGGAGCAGCCCCGGCACGUGGAGCGGCUGCAGGAGCCGCUGCUCGAGGCUCUCCGGGUCUAUGCCCGGCGCCGGCGCCCGUGGCAGCCGCAGCGUUUCCCCCGGAUGCUGCUCAAAAUCACUGACCUGCGUGGCAUCAGCACCAAGGGGGCGGAACGAGCCAUCACCCUGCGCACGGAGAUCCCGGGGCCGAUGCCCCCCCUGAUCCGGGAAAUGCUGGAGAACCCCGAAAUCUUCACCGAAGUGGGGGGGGAUGCCCCCCCCCCACCCCCAGACCCUCCUGCUGCCCAGGACAGUCCCCCUGGCCCCCCCACAUCCCCAUAGCCCCCCCCCCCCAGCUCAGGGGGAUCUCCAAAACCCAUCCCCAGUGGGGUGGGACAUUCCGAGCUGCCUUCCAGGGAAGCUGCCUUCCCUCUCCCUUUUGCUCUGGGGAGGGGGAGCUCCCCAGAGUGCCCCCUCCCCCCCCCCCCCAGAAUUUGGGGAAGGGGGCAGAGACUGACAGAGCAAAGCUAUUGCCUUAAGCUGGGGGAGUCUGGGGGUGCCCCCCAAACCUCAGCUUCACGCCAAAGCCCCCACAGACCCUGCUGCCAACCCCCCUUGUUCUGGGGGGGCCUUGAGGGGGGGGAGUUGGGGGGCCCAGCCCCUCCCCACCAAAUUAAUGUCUGACACUCCCAGGGUGCCCCCCACAGUUUAUUUAUUGGACACAGGGUGGACUGGGGGGGAGACACCCCCAUUCUCCCCCAGGACAUCCUACCCCCCCCCCCUAAAUCUGGGGGACACCGUUUAUACUGGGGGGGGGAGGGGGGGGCUGCUUGUGGGUUUUGCUUUUUGAUGCUGUUUGGAUGGGGAGGGAAACCCCAAAAUUGCCCUCCCCCAGUGCCCCCUCCAAACACUACAGAGACCAAAGAUGGGGGACACAAGGUGACCCCCCCACAACCCCCUCCAUUUCAGGGUGGGGGCUCAAGCCAUAGGGUGACCCCAAAAUCCUGGGGGUCCCCCCAGACCCAACUGCCCUCCCAAAUCUGUUACCCCCAGCCUGGCUGGCCUCCCCUACAAUUGCCCCCCCCUUACAUUUACCCCCCCGAAUUUGGGGGUGCAGAGCCCUCAGGGGGAGCCUGUUACACUACACAGAGGGGUACCCCCCCGGGGCUGCACUUUCACCCCUAUUUAUUCCUCUGCGUUUACAGCGGGCCCCCCCUCAGAAUGGGCCCCCCCCCGCUGCUGCCCCCCCCGCUAACUCCCCCCUUUUUGGGGGGUCCCCCUGCCAUGUUUACAGCCCAACCGCCCCCUCCCAUGCUGGGGGGGGGACACAGGACUUUUCUAUUUUUGCAAAAUAAAGUUAUGGAAAUUUU